AAAAAAAAAAGAAAACUGGAAGGAGAGUCCAAUUUUAACAGAAAACUUAAGACCUGAAACAAUAGAGCAAACGCGAAGUCACUGAAGGUUCCACGCCAUAGUCAGCCUUUUAUCUCUCUGGCGCGAUUUCUCCUCUCUAGGCACCUCUGGAUUUAAUUUCCUUCUCCUGUUUUUACACAACAAUUUUAUUAAGAGGCUGACUUUUUCGUUAAUCGAUACCUGAUCUGUGUCUGUUGAUUCUUAAUUGCUGCACAGGCCCCGAUUCUUUGAUUUCCUAUUUGGUGCCAAUUAGGGCUUAGGUUAGGUUUGAUUUUGAGAGAGAGAGAGAGAGAGAGAGAGAGAGAGAGAGAGAUAAUGUUAUCGAAUCAUCUACAGGAUGGAAUCGAGACCGCUAAGCUGAUGUGGUCUCGGAUUCCGAGUUCAGAGGACGGUCUGUUCGAGGGGGUUGGUCUCUUAAGUACCGGCGAUGGGAGCAGUGUCGAGAGCCUUGACUAUGAAGUUAUAGAGAAUUACGCGUAUCGAGAAGAACAGGCGCAGAGAGGGAAGCUUUAUGUUGGAUCUUACGUGGCCGUGAAGUGGUUAUUUGCUUUGCUCAUUGGCAUUGGUACAGGAUUAGCUGCAGUUUUCAUCAACAUAUCUGUUGAGAACUUUGCUGGCUGGAAAUUUUCUCUCACUUUUUCUAUAAUACAAAAAUCAUAUUUUGCUGGCUUUGUAGUAUAUGUAUUAAUUAACUUGGUUUUAGUCUAUUCGUCUGUAUAUAUCAUCACGCAAUUUGCACCUGCGGCAGCAGGAUCUGGUAUUCCUGAAAUUAAGGGUUAUCUGAAUGGACUUGAUAUUCAUGGCAUUCUACUUUUCAGAACCUUGAUUGGAAAGAUAUUUGGAAGCAUUGGUUCUGUGGGAGGUGGUCUUGCUUUAGGCAAAGAAGGUCCUCUUGUUCACACAGGUGCUUGUAUUGCUUCAUUGCUUGGACAAGGUGGAUCCACCAAAUAUCAUCUAAGUUCCAGGUGGCUGCAAGUUUUCAAGAGUGACCGGGAUCGUCGUGAUCUUGUGACCUGUGGAUGUGCAGCUGGAGUUGCUGCCGCUUUUAGAGCUCCAGUUGGUGGUGUAUUGUUUGCAUUGGAAGAAGUUACAUCAUGGUGGAAGAGUCAACUUAUGUGGCGAGUCUUCUUUACUUCUGCUAUUGUGGCAGUUGUCGUGCGUACUGCAAUGGGAUGGUGCAAGAGUGGAAAGUGUGGGCAUUUUGGCUCAGGUGGCUUUGUAAUAUGGGACAUAUCAGACGGUCAAGAGGACUACUCUUUUGCAGAGUUACUUCCAAUGGCAGUCAUUGGGGUUAUUGGUGGUCUACUUGGAGCUUUAUUUAACCAGCUAACACUUUACAUAACUCGCUGGCGCCGAAAUUAUUUACAUAAGAAAUCUGUCCGAGUAAAGGUUGUGGAAGCAUGCCUCAUCUCUGUGAUAACAUCAGUUAUUUCUUUUGGACUACCACUUCUAAGAAAAUGCAGUCCAUGCCCUGAAGUAGAUGCUGACUCUGGUAUUGAGUGCCCAAGGCCUCCAGGAAUGUAUGGGAAUUAUGUAAAUUUCUACUGUGACAAGAACAAAGAAUACAACGAUCUUGCGACGAUUUUCUUUAAUACUCAGGAUGACGCCAUAAGGAAUCUGUUUAGUGCAAAGACGAUCCAUGAGUUCAGUGCCCAAAGUUUAUUGACAUUUCUGGUAAUGUUUUAUACCUUGGCAGUGGUGACAUUUGGCACGGCAGUUCCUGCUGGUCAGUUUGUUCCUGGAAUAAUGAUAGGGUCAACAUAUGGACGCCUUGUCGGCAUGUUUGUUGUUAAAUUUUACAACAAACCCAACAUUGAGGAGGGAACAUAUGCUCUGCUCGGUGCUGCUUCUUUCCUUGGAGGUUCAAUGCGGAUGACAGUCUCAUUAUGUGUGAUCAUGGUUGAGAUCACAAACAACUUGAAACUUUUACCUCUAAUCAUGCUUGUUCUCCUUAUAUCAAAGGCUGUUGGUGAUGCUUUUAACGAAGGUCUAUAUGAAGUACAGGCCCAAUUGAGAGGCAUUCCAUUACUGGAUACCAGACCUAAGUACCAGAUGAGAAAAAUUACUGCAAGGGAAGCUUGUGGAUAUCAGAAGGUUAUCUCCUUUCCUCGUGUUGCUAAGGUUGCAGACGUAGUUUCUAUUUUACGGAGCAAUAAACAUAAUGGUUUUCCUGUGAUUGAUCACACGAGAAAUGGAGAAACCCUUGUGAAUGGACUUGUACUUCGCAGCCAUUUGCUAGUGCUUCUCCAGUCUAAGGUAGACUUUCAGCAUAGUCCUUUGCCCUGUGAUCCUAGUGGUGGAUCCAGGUCAAUCAGGCACAAUUUCAGUGAAUUUGUGAAACCUGUUUCCAGUAAAGGAAUUUCUAUAGAGGAUAUUCAUCUUAGUUCAGAUGACUUGGAAAUGUACAUAGAUCUUGCUCCAUUUUUGAAUCCUUCUCCAUAUGUUGUCCCUGAGGAUAUGUCUUUAACAAAGGUGUAUAAUCUUUUCCGCGAACUGGGAUUAAGACACAUAUUUGUUGUCCCUCGUGCUUCACGUGUGAUUGGCUUGAUUACCAGGAAGGAUUUGCUUAUUGAGGAUAAUGAGGAUUCAGGAAGUAGGGAGCUCCAAUCAACUAGUGUAAGAGCUCAUCAUUUAGAUAAAAGAACGUUCACUAGGAAUACGGAUAUGGAGCACCCCCUUCUCAACGGUCUUCUGGUCCAAAAUCAUGUGCCUGAUUGAAAAUGCUGUGCAGUCUUUCUCUUGGGAUCACAUUCCUGGCUGAUUCUGCAGACCAGUCAUAUCCUUUUUGCACGUUCCAUUAUUUUUACCUUGACAUCGAAUUAUUUUUCAGUAUCAUCUCCAAAAAUCGUCCUAGGUUUUAGGGUCAUUACUUGCUAAUCCCUUCCAUGCAGGGGGUCAUGAACCACACCCAUCAAAUGUGAAGUUAAGGAAGCUUGACAUUAUAUAUAUUUUUUUAAUUAUGACGGAGAGGUGGUUGUGCAUUGUGAAGUCCUUAUCAAUGAAAAAUGCUAUGGAGUUGUCGCUUUGGUUUA